GCAGUUGCUCUGUUGCCAUGGGAACGUGACAUCAAAAUGACGUUUCCCUGUUUAAAAGCUUUUAACUAAAUUCCAGCCUGUCAGACGUAGGCCCCAUUUUAUGCUCUCAGACUUCAAGCUGUUGCAAAAGGGUUUCAUAUGUUCCCUUGUCAUUCACAGGGUUGUUUUGUUCCCCCCCAGCCGCCCCGGCCUCCCAGAUCCACGCAUGCCUAGCCGGGCAACAACAACUUAAAAACCCCAACGUGCUCCUCUUUUAAAAACCCUUUCAGCAGCAAGAGAAAUGGCUGCAGCUGAAAUGCCCGGCUACGUGGUCUCCUCUCAGAGCGAGAAGCACCGGAGGGCCCGCAAUUGGACCGACGCCGAAAUGCGGGGCCUGAUGCUGGUCUGGGAGGAAUAUUUCGAGGAGCUGAAACAGACCAAACGCAACGCCAAAGUUUACGAGCGAAUGGCUAACAAGCUCUUUGAGAUGACCGGGGAACACCGCCAUGGGGAAGAAAUCAAGAUCAAAAUUACGAACAUGACAUUCCAGUACAGGAAAUUAAAAUGCAUGACUGACGGGGAGACUGCUCCUCCCGAUUGGCCUUAUUUCAAAACCAUUGAUCGGAUCUUAUCCAAGCUGCCUGAGCACAGCGAUGUGAAGCUUCAGCCUGGACCCUCCACCUCUCACACAGAGGCCUCACAGUCCCCCUCUGCCAAGUCCACUCCGCUCUACUUGUCCUACAACCAAUUCACUUAUGAAGAAAGGGAGGACUGUUUUGAGGAUGACAACUCGGACAGCUCUGCCAGCCUCCAGUCUUUCAAACUGAGAUCCGGUGAGCGAUCAGUUAAGAGAAGAAAGAUGCAGAUGUUCAGUUUCCAGAGGAAGAAGUUAAAAGUCAUGGAGAGCAUGUUGGAGGAGCAGAAGAGGUUGAGCCGCGCCAUGGAAGAGACGUGCAGGGAGGUGCGCCGGAUACUGGAUCAGCAGAACAUCAUCCAAGUGCAGAGCCUGCAGCUACAGGAAAGAAUGAUGAACCUGUUGGAGAAAAUGGUCGCCAAGUCUACACCUUGACUCACUAGUGAGAGCUCUAAAGACAAUUCUGAAGUCAGAACAUAAAAACUUCACCAUUGAUUAAUAUGGAACCAAUGAUAAAAUGACAUACAAACAUAUCAUGGAGUAAAUCACGACAGACCCUUUACCGCCACAAAAAAACGGGUAUUUAUAGUUUUAUCAUUGAGUUUUCAGGACUUAUAGAUACUGGCCAUUAUUGAAGAGAAAUAAUGUUUCUACGACGAGUGGCAUAUACAGCUCUUGUUAUGUUUCUUCUAUUUGUCAAAAGGUGUCCCACUUUGCAUUUACUUACGGCUCAACUGACAUCUUUACUUGUAGCUUGGUCUUCUCUGUAUUCUCCAGUAGGCCGAUGGCUGUGGUUGACUCUUGCAUAUUGCCUUCUGGUUGGCUCUUGUGCAGAGUUGGACUGGGAUACCCCGGGGCCUCCAGGUGCCCGACAGGGACGGGCCAAGCCGACCUGGUGCCCUAGGCAACCCAGUCAGCUACCUCGCCCCUGAAAUCUCCCCACUCUGCAUGCGCAUGCAUUCACAAUGCUGUUGCAGGGGGGUCAUUGCCCCCCACCGCUUGUCAUUGUGCGGCAGGAGGCAAUAAUAAGGGAACAAAGAUUAGGGGUAGGAAGGAGAGGUACCUACCUGGUGCCCCCUUAUUGUUGCGCACUAGACAGGUGCCUCUUCUGCCUACCUCUAGUUCUGGCCCUGGUGUCUGAGCAGGGAGCACUGGUCAGUGCCAGAUUUACAACUCAUGCACCCCUAGGCCAGACACCUUACGCUGCUCCACCCCCAGCAUAUGCAUGUGCAGUUGCUCCUUCCUCCCCACCAGUGUCGCUUGCGCAUUCUAUACCUUUACCUCGGUCAUGCUUCUCAUCAGGUCCCGGAACACUGAGGAAUUGGUGUGCAGGAAAUUUAAAGAAAUCUUCUGCUUGCCUAUUUUAUCAGCGCUCUGAGAAGAAUCAUAUGCGGCUGGGUGAUAUGCUUCUCCUAAAAUUACACCACUCUAGGCUGGGCCUUUGUGGCUUUGGUGGCUGGGGGCAAUAGAGCUGAGGGCCAUGGGGGUUUUUCCUGGUCUCCCAGUGGAACAGUCCUGCUCUUAUGUAUUGCCUGGUGGAGUUUCAUUCUGACAUACAGGAGGUACUGCUGUGUUUGAUGGCAAUGCCUGCUUUCUGCCAGAGGUAAGGUUAGCAACAUGUACAAGCAGCUCAGAAGGGUCAUUUCCAUGUGACACCCUAAGGGCGAAGACACACAGAGCUACUAGUAGCAGAUACUUCUUGUGGCAACUAAAAUAGACAG